AAUCAAAAUUUCCGUAUAAUUUCUCCUCAACGAAGAGUCCGCAUGUGGUCUAUCUUUCCAUCGAGAAUCCAGAUAGGUCACUUCGACUGUUUUCUUUCUUCCUCUUCUCCGCUUCGCCAUUAAACGCCAUUUUUUCUUUGACGUCUCAUUCUGACUCAAAUUUUAUUGUAUCAUCUCCAUUCUUCCAUGUCGUCUUAAAACUUUUCUCUUUCAUUUUGAGCCUUUUCUCUUCCUCGCCUAAACCCUGCUACUUCAUCCUUCACUGUAUGGUUAACAAAGCUUUAAAUCCAUAUGGUACUUACAUUUCACCAUCUCACCGCUUCGUCCAGUCUCUCCGUUCUUCAAUCGGCGACCUUAACCUUUUGCAGUCCAAGUGUUUGAGCUUAUACCUCAAUGGCCUUGCUCUCGUUAAUAAGCUACCAUCACCGACUUCCAAUCCCAAUUUCCGUCACAAAUCCUCAAUCUUUCCACCAAAAGCAGGUUCCAAGUUUUCCAUUAGCAUCUCUUCAGGAUCAACUAGAGCUCGCCACCCAAAUUUCCAAUACCAGAAGAGUUCAGCAAAUCCCUCCAAAUGAUCUUGUUUUAACCCUCCGUCGCCAGAAAGAUGCGGAUUCUGCUCUCAAGCUUUUUAAUUUGGUGUCAAAGCGGCCUGGCUUCGAACCCGAUGCUUCUGUCUACGAAGAGAUUCUUCAGCAGCUCGGAAAUUCGGGAUCUUUCGAUCAGAUGAAGACUGUGUUGAAGGAGAUGCAGCUUUCUGGAUGCCAAAUUGAGCAUGGUAUGUUCCGUAUCCUCGUUGAAUGUUUUGCGAAAUUCCAACUUUUUAACGAGGCUGUAGACGUUGUUCUGAGAACGAUGGAAGAAUUUGGGGUUGAACCCGAUACCUGGACUUUCAACUUUCUUCUCAAUAUUCUUGUGGAGGAGAACAAGAUCAAGUUGGUUGAAUCUGUGUACUCCUCCAUGACUGAUAGAAAAGUCCAACCUGAUGUCUCUACUUUUAAUAUCUUGAUUAAGGCUUUGUGCAAAACUCAUCAGCUUAGACCAGCAAUCUCGAUGAUAGAGGAGAUGUGCGGCCAUGGAUUGUCGCCCGAUGAGAUAACAUUUACUACAAUCAUGCGAGGUUUUAUUGAGGAAGGAAAUAUGGAAAAUGCAUUGACAGUUCGAGACAGAAUGCUGGGGAUGAAAUGCAUUUCUACUAACGUGACAAUUAAUGUGUUGAUUAAUGGGUUUUGUAAGCAGGGUAGGGUUGAAAAAGCUCUCAGUUUCAUACAAGAAGAGGCUAAUAAUGGAUUCAGCCCUGAUAAGAUCACUUUCAAUACUCUGAUUAAUGGUUUGUGUCGAGCCGGACAUGUUAGCCAUGCCCUUGAGAUCUUCGAUGUGAUGCUUCAGGAGGGUUAUGAUCCAGAUAUUGUGACUUACAACACAAUGAUAGCCGGGUUGUGUAAAGCUGGAGACAUUGAAGAAGCCAUGAAAGGUCUUGAUCAGAUGGUGAAAAGUGACUGCUUGCCAAAUAUGAUCACCUACAACACUCUUAUCAGUUCUCUGUGUUCCGCAAGCCGGUUUGAAGAAGCAAUGGAACUCGCUCGCCUCUUGACUCUGAAAGGCCUUCUACCAGAUUUGUACACCUUCAAUUCACUUAUAAGCGGCUUCUGCAGGACCGGAGAUUACAUGAUAGCAUUUGAGCUCUUCAACGAGAUGAAGAAGAUUGGAUGCCCACCCGAUGAAUUCACUUACAACAUACUGAUUGAUCAUCUGUGUUUCAAAGGUGAACUUGGCAAAGCUUUGGGCUUAUUGAAGGAAAUGGAAUCGAAUGGCUGCGCUCGAAGCGUGGUGACUUAUAAUACUCUAAUCGACGGGUUAUGCAAGAACUCGAGACUGGAAGAAGCCGAGGAGAUAUUUGAUCAAAUGGAACUAUUGGGGAUCACCCGAAAUUUGGUCACUUAUAACUCGAUUAUCGAUGGUUUGUGCAAGAACAAAAGGGUGGAUGAAGCUACGGAGCUGAUAGAUCAGAUGAUCAUGGAAGGGCUGAAGCCUGAUAAGCUCACCUAUAAUUCUUUGCUCACAUAUUACUGCAAGGAAGGAAAUAUUAAGAAGGCGGCAGAUAUAGUUCAGACGAUGACGUCUAAUGGCUGCGAACCAGACAUGAUAACCUACGGGACUCUCAUCAAUGGGUUGUGCAGGGCUGGGAGGAUCCAAAUUGUUUGCAAGCUUCUCAGAAGCUUACAGAUGAAAGGAAUGAUUUUGAGUUCGAAAGCCUAUAACCCGGCGAUCCAAGCGCUUUUCAAACAAAGGAA